GCAGCAGAGCUUCUUGCCAGCCUAUGGCGCAUUCAGAACAACGCAGACAAGCUCCGUUGGGCUGCAAGACUACAAGAAGAAGCCGUCGCAGCUGAUGCAGAACGUAGACAAGCGGCUGAAGCUGAAGCUCAGCGCCAGCAGACUCUCUUAGCAGAACAAGAAGCAGCAGUCUUGGAAGAACGCAAGAAGAACAAAUCUAAAUAUGCUCCAAUCUGUAACAUCGAUAUCCCGUCCAACCCUAUAAUCCUUCCUUGCCAAUACGCUAUUCGCAGAAUGAAAUCAGGAGAAUUCUGCGAGCUGUUCUACUUCACGAAUAGCAGUCUCGAAGAAGCCUCACGAACUAUAUUCACUGCCGAUGAAGACGCACUCAUCAUGCUCCCCACCUCAGAUGGUCUCCACAAGUGGAUUCCGGCAGGUGCUGUGCGAGACCCCAAAGUGCAGGUCGUGAAAGAUGAAAAUCUCACCUGGGAACAAUUUAACAAGGCAGCUCCGUGUAUGAUAGCGCUGAUGAAAGAGAAUGAUUGGCCUGACGACAGAGUGGACAUGCAUAUCGCAUUUUGGUCCGCCCUGCAGAAUCACUGUUGGCAUCACGAUUUCAAAGUCCAUAAACAACGAGCGUUACUGCUAUACCAGGCACAGCAGAGGCAUCGUUGGCAUCAAGCCAUCGGUAGUUCCAACAGUUGGAGUCUAGCGAGAAUCAAUCAAGAUCUCCUAGACAAAGCACGAGAGACAAUUUUCAAUCAAUUCAGAAUACAGCAGUUAUCCAUCCAGGUACGUUUUCAUAAUCAUAAAUUUGAUAUGAUCGCAUACUAA